GACUGCUUCACUGCACAGGAAUGUCCUGUCUUGGGGCGUGUGGCGGGGCAAAGAGGAGAAUGAGAGUGUGUCUCUCAGAGCAAUAAUACACUCUGCCUCCUCUCAGGCUGCAGACAGCGGAUCUCGGAGUACAAAAAACGCUGCGAGUGUCCCCGAUAUGGUGGGAAGACGUCCAAAGUCGACAUUUACUUCCAUCACCAUCACAGUGCAGAGAACUUCACCAUCCCUUUGCAACCCACAGGACCUUGUGUAUCCAUCCACUGCAACCCGGCCUGUGAAGAAAUCAACUCCCCCAAAACCACAAGAGACACCGGGAGGAAAAGCCUCAUCUUUACCCACGAGCACAGCGAGAGUCUCGAACUCUCAACCGGACGCGUGCCGGCGAGAUCCUGCCAUCGCGAUGCCGAAUGAGUUCGGGCGGGCCUACUCGCCAGCUCGUGAAUUCGCAGGGAGACAUGGACAAGGAACGAAGACGGGACAUCUUGUGCAAAGCAGACUCGGGCGCACAGAGAUUGUCAAGAAGCAGGACGGGCGAGGUGGCUCGUCAAUUAACCCCUCCUCACAGCCUCUCUACCGCUCUUGUAUCCAACUCGAGGUGCCGCUGAGAUCCAUUACUUCUGUUUUGUUUUUGGACAAGUCACUUUACAUUCCCCUUGUGGAACUAGAGGGCAGAAGGGCGGCUCAAACCACUUUGUACAGGUGCACCUUGUCCAUUCGCUUUGAUGUCUCGUCCUGCCGCAGAACCUCUAACAAACGAGCACAAAUAAAUGCGGGUUACGGAGGACCCAGAGGGGCCUUGUCGGGACGAGGCGAAAGCGACGUCCGAGAGACGGGUUCGGGUUGCCGCAGAGGCCCUCCAUCAACGCACAGGGCCCGCAAGGUCCAGCGGACGGCACCCAAGUGUGAUGUUAAAGGCAAGCCUGGUGAUUCAGACGCGCGGGGCCACUGCAGCACGUCGGGAUUAUUGUCAUUCAUAGGGCCAAUCCGCUCAAACACAAACGGCUGCAGGCAGAAGGAGAAUGCAGAUGAGGCAGCCUUCGCUCUCCGUAGCAAUUCCAGCCAAAGGCAACGCACUUCCAAUUGUGGCCCAGUGAACUUCAGGACUUGGACCAAACCAGCAGGGAGUGACAAGACAGAGGAACGACAAGAACGCGAACGUUCAUCACAAUCUCAAAAGGUCUCCGAUAAGGAGCAUCUUUCCCGGCUGAAUACCGAUUCCCUGGAAGGAACACUCAAGAAUCUCAGCCUCAAAGAGGCCUUAGAACUCCGUAGGCCGGACUUCAUCAGCCGCUCUCAGGGUCGGGUGAGGAGGUUGGAGCGGAGGGCCAGGAGAAGGCGAUACCUGCAGGACUCCGAUCCCGACCUUACAGUGCAGGGCCUCGGGGAGGGCCGAGGCAAACAAAACAGGAACUGCACAACACCGGAUCCACUCAGUGAUAACCUUUUCAAGCCCAGAGAGAGGACUAUAUCAGGCAAGGAGAUGCAGCUGAGGUCCAGACGGAUUUACAACCAGCUGCCAGAGGUAACAAAGAAAAAAGAGGAGGAGAAAAAGAGGGUCGUAUCACAAACGAACCGAUUGCGAGCAGACGUCUAUAAAAAGAGACUUCUGGACCAGAUCCUGCAAAGAUAAAUGGGACUCUGGCUAUUGUGUCUGAACACUUUUCUCCACAUAUGCUAUAACUGUGUACAAAGUCUUUAUAUAUUUGAUUUAGUCUCAAUUUCUUUUACUAUGAGCAUGAUUCCAUGUUCAUUAAUUGUAUUGGUGUUUAAUGCAUCCUGCCAGCAGGGUGACAGGUGCAUGUUUAAAACUAGUUUUAUCACCAGUUUUCUACUUGAUAAUGAUACGUAAUGUUGUACACGUCUGUAUACUUUUGUCUAUGCUACAAUGGCUAAAUAUGAAGGAAUGUGCAUUUUGUUGACAGAAAUAUUGUUAAAGUAUUAUAUAGAAGAACCUUUCAUAAGAUGUAUAUGCUUAUAAGUUUUGGGCAAAAAUUCACAAAGCCCAACUAUGUCACAAGGUUUUGUAAGCUUUCUCCCCCACUUAAUCAUGUCAUGUGUUAAUUUCCUUUUAACGAUUUCAUUUCUGAUCUGCAGUAUCAUUUUCCCCGUUUCCUUAAGUCCCUCAAUAUGAAAUAAAAACAUUCCAAGGACAUUUUGUAUAGGAA